AUGGCUGGGCUCAUCAAAAAACAGAUCCUGAAGCACCUUUCCAGAUUUACCAAAAAUUUAUCUCCUGACGAGAUAAAUCCGAGUACCCUAAAAGGAGAAAGUGAACUAAAACAUUUGGAGUUGGAUGAAGAGGUGCUCCAGAAUAUGUUGGAUUUGCCAACGUGGUUUGCUAUCAACAAAGUUUUUUGUAACAAAGUAUCCAUUAGGAUCCCGUGGACAAAACUGCAAACGCACCCCACCUGUUUGUCCCUGGAUAAAGUAAUAAUUGAAAUGCGUACAUGUGAAGAACCUCGAGCACCUAAUGGCCCAUCACGGAUUGCAACUGCUUCAGGACAAAGUGAAUAUGGCUUUGCUGAAAAAGUAGUUGAGGGUAUUACUGUUUCUGUAAAUUCCGUUGACCGAAUUGGAGCAAAAGCCUUUAAUGCAUCUUUUCAGCUUUCCCAGCUACGGAUAUAUAGUGUAAAUGCAAACUGGGAACACGGAGAUUUAAAAUUUACUCGUAUUCAAGAUCCACAGAGAGGAGAGGUUUUGACAUUUAAAGAAAUAAAUUGGCAGAUGAUUCGAAUAGAGGCCGACACUACCCAAAGUUCACACCUUGAAAUUCUGUGUGCUCCUGUUCGAUUAAUAACCAAUCAAUCAAAAAUCAGAGUCACGUUGAAAAGAAGAUUGAAGGACUGCAAUGUCGUAGCCACAAAGUUAGUUCUGUUUUUGGAUGACUUACUAUGGGUUUUAACGGAUUCCCAGUUGAGGGCCAUGGUACAAUAUGCAAAAUCUCUUAGUGAAGCGAUAGAAAAAUCCACAGAACAAAGGAAGAGUAUGGCUUCUGAACCUACACAAAGUUCUACUGUAGCGCCAUCCACCCAGCAAAUUUUAAAACUUGCUGUGGAGGAUGAUAUGAACAAGAUGCUUGAAUUCCUACCACAAAUUAAAUAUGGUAGUAGCAUAUCCAGAGUUGAAGUUUGCUGUAAAACUAACCACAGAAAAGAGGAGCUCUAUAUCCACUCUUAA